AUGUCAAAAGCAGUUAUUAGUAGCAACUUGGACAACGAUACAUUGUCUAAAACACUAGAAAAAGGUGAAUUUGAAGCAUACCCCGAGCGCGACUUUGAGGAUGGUAUACACGACUAUAUAUCCGAGAAUGAAAACGUUGAUUUAGACGUGGACAUCGAACACUCUGAUGACAAAGACUCUGAGAUUGAUGAGGAUGAAGUUGCACGUGAAAAUGGAGCUGAGGUUGCUUAUAAAAGUAAAGUCGUCAAAAUAGUGAGAAAGACAGAUGAAGAAGAUAAAGAGGAGCACAAUGAUGACCAGAUAACAAAGGAAGAGAUCAAGAAGGUGAAAAAAUUGAAAAAGACUAAGAAGGGAUUUACUGUGGAAGAUGUCAUUGCGAGGAACUUUCAAGAGCUGUUGCUCCAAGAGAAAGAAUUCCACCGGACUGAAGUUGGAGAGAUGAAAAGAACAAACAAGACGUGGAUUAAGAUUGCGAUCAACUCGGUACUCCUCGGGUUUUCACUCACCAAUUCACUUGUUGGUGCUGGUAUUUUGUCGCUUGCAUUGACUUGCUACAAAAUGGGGAUAGUCGGAUUUUUUUUGUGGAACAUAGCGACCAUCGUGUAUUUCUUAAUCACUUGGUAUUACUACAACAGAGCAAUUUACAUCACAGGAGCGGCAACCAUGGGUGAGCUGCUCUCGAUGUUUUUUGGGAAGGUUGUUGCGAUCAUCGUGGAUGUCUGUAACACGGCCUUCUACUUUUGUGUGUUGAUGAUUUACCAAGUCAUUGCUACACAGUACCUCUUUGGUAUUAUCCAAGACUUGACUUCUCGAGAUAAGUUCAGUUAUACAAUGGACACCUGUUACGAAGGGAAAACAGCGGGCGUCUACUGUAAAUGGCAUUACAUCAUUUUGUAUUUGGUUGCGGUGUUGCUCAACUUCCCAUUGAUCAUUCCCAAAUCCGUGAAGUUCUUGAACAGGAUAUCUAUGUUAACUGUCAUCUCUGCAGUCAUUGCGUCGUUUGUUGUGUUUGGUAAGGCCAUUUACUUUGGGGCGAAUGACAAAUCGUCGAAUGGCGACGGGACCAAUAACAUCCCGACAUUUAGUGGAAAGUGGUGGCCGUCUGGUGUGAUGGAAUUCUUCACGAUGGCGCCGUUUAUAACUGCCAAUUUCCAAAUCCAUUCCUGCCUUCCACCUUUGUUUUCUGGGACCAAAGGGAUGUCUAAAAAGACCAAAUUAGUUGCGUUGCAAGGGGGUUCCCUUGUUUCGAUCUGCACGUGCGCCUUUUUGUAUUUGUUGAUGGCGAUCAGUGGGAAUGUGUCCUUUGACAAAGUGUCUUCGAAUGUCCUCAACGACUUUUCCAAUCCGAAUAGCACGGAAAUUGAUUGGCUGAUCAUUGUGUCGAGAAUAUUAAUGAUUAUCGUGGUUGUCAUUUCAUACCCUGCUUUGAUGUUCCCGACCUGUGCGGGUAUUUACAGAUACCUUCCGAAGAAGUGGAAAUUCACGACCAUGUGGAACGGCAGAGUUGCGAUCAUGGCAAUCAGAUUCACUAUUUUAUUAUUGACUACCCUCUUUGCCUCGUUCUUGGCAGAUAUCGGUGUAGUGUUUUCAGUUGCUUCUGCCAUCUUCUCCAUAUUUGUCGUCUACAUUUGCCCGAUGAGUAUCAUGAUGUUAUGGCCGCGGGUUGAGAAGUUUGGGUCUCCCGACUUCAGAAAACUGUCAGUCAUUGACAACAUCAUUUACAACAAAGUCGUUGAAGGCAACCAAAAGUUCUCGCAGAACGAUAUUGAAACUGCACUUGGGAAGGUCGAAGCUGAAAAGAAUGAAGGAGUUGCCGAUGUUGUUCUCACGAUUAACACCGACGCCACUGGACAACAAGAAAUCGAGUUGGACAAUAUUAAAGAGCAGAAGGAUAACGAGGAAAAUAAGAAGGAGGUUGAGAUUGAUGGGAAUAAGGUCAACAUUGCAGUCAACCCGGAAACUGAUAUGGAUGUCGACAUCAUGAAAAACAGACACAAGUGGAUUAAGCUACCCGACGCUCAUGUCCCGAUUUGGAGAUAUUUAGUGUUCAUCCCAUGUAUGGUGAUUUGUGUGGGUUUAUGCAUCUUGUCGGUUGUCGGGACGAUUUUGGACGAGGUCAAGUGA